CUCCCGUUUGCCCCCACAUCUCGCUCAGACCCUCCGUCCCCGUCUGGCAGGCAGGAGCCCAGGCUGGGGGACGCUGCCUGCGGCUGAGGGCAGCGGCGUGUCCGCCGCCCCGCCACCCCGGCCCCCGAGCCUUUCGCCAGCAUCCCUCCACCUCCUCCGUGCCCCAAAAUGCAGCGCCGCCUCUGCGCCCUGCUCCUGCUGGCGUCCCACUGCUUGGGCUCGGCCGCCGGGCUCUUCCCCUUCGGGGAGCCUGACUUCUCCUACAAGCGCUCCAACUGCAAGCCCAUCCCCGCCCCGAUGCUGCUCUGCCGGGGCAUCGAGUAUCAGAGCAUGCGGCUGCCCAACCUGCUGGGGCAUGAGACCGUGCAGGAGGUGCUGGAGCAGGCCUCCACUUGGAUCCCGCUGGUGCAGAAGCAGUGCCACCCAGACACCAGGAAGUUCCUCUGCUCCCUCUUUGCCCCCGUCUGCAUCGACGACCUGGACGAGAUCAUCCAGCCCUGCCACUCGCUCUGCGAGGAGGUGAAGGAGAGCUGCGCCCCGGUGAUGUCCGCCUUCGGUUUCCCCUGGCCUGAUAUGCUGGACUGCAGCCGCUUCCCCAAGGACAAUGACCUCUGCAUCCCGCUGGCCAGCAGCGACCACAUCCUCCCCGUCACCAGGGAAGCACCCAAGGUCUGCGAUGCCUGCAAAAACAAAAAUGAAGACGAUAACGACAUCGUGGAAAACCUCUGCAAAAACGACUUUGCCUUGAAGAUAAAAGUGAAGGAGAUUGCCUACAUCAAUGGGGAUACCAAGAUCACCCCCGAAACAAAGAGCAAAACCAUCUACAAGCUGAAUGGGUUGACAGAAAGGGAUCUGAGGAAGAUUGUGCUCUGGCUCAAAGGUGGCCUGCAGUGUACCUGUGAUGAGAUGAACGACAUCAACGUCCCCUACUUGGUGAUGGGGCAAAAGCAAGCUGGGGAACUGGUUAUCACCUCUCUGAAGCGGUGGCAGAAAGGGCAGCGGGCUUUCAAGCGCUUCUCCCGCAGCAUCCGCAAACUCCAGUGUUAGUCUGGAGUUAGUCUGGCCACCUCCAGCAGCUGCCCUUGUCCUGAGCUCUGCGGGCCUCCUGCACUUUCUUGCUUUGGCCUCUGAGCCUUAAGAUGCCAUGGGCAUGAGUCAUGGUGGCUGCUGUCCGGGAGGGGAGGAAGCCCUCCAUUUCUGUACAUAGGUUAAAAUGUAAUAAUAAAAAACCCAACCAAACAACAAAAAACACAUGACUAUUUUUGGGAAGUAUUAAAGUAUCUUGCUUAAAACUAUUUUU